GUCGCGCAUUCCGCUGGUGACAACAGUGUGACGGGUGAAACGUCGUCCCGAGACGUCGUUGCUUCGAAGAACUCGUGGCAGUUUUACCGGGAACAGUGUCGUCCAACGUGGUUCGCCUUGCUCUCUAUUUUCCAGAGGACUUUCUCAGUCUACGUUGGCAGAUUCCCGUGGACCCAUCGCCGGACUAGUAAUUUCGUAUUCCGCGUACCGAUAGAACAGAGUCAGUGAAAGAGACGCGACGCGACAGUGAGAGGAGGGAGAACGAAGGAAGCUGGAUCGAGGAAGGAUCGAGCGAUCGAGGAGGGUGCUCUGGUCCAGGUGAUAGACGCGAAGGGGAUACCGCUCGACCUUGGUCGACGCUGGUCUCGAGGGUUAUUUUAAAAGAGGGGCAAGGCCGCUUAUGGUGCGGCAGGCCGAGCGGUUCCUGAGAACGAAACGGGCAGACGGUCGAUCGGGAAGCGGGGCUGAAAAUAGAGAGCAGGUUCCACGGAGAUAAGAGAUGACACCGGACACGGAUCUUCCACGCUCGUAGUUUCGUCGAGGUAUUAUGAACCUGGAAUUGCCAUCGAGUUCUCUGUUGCCCGUGGAGAUUGAGGUAUGGCCGCGGUAGCCGGCAUCUAUGGCUUCUCAGAGGAGCGACACGCCAGAUAUUCCGAGCAUCGGCAGCAUCCAUCGCUGCCGAAACUCAGCAGCCAGGACGAGGAUGGGCCGAACCCACACACCCAAUACUCAGGCGUUACGCAGUUCGAGCCCAUACCGCACGAUCAUGACUUUUGCGAGAGGGUCGUCAUUAACGUGAGCGGGCUACGGUUUGAGACGCAGCUGCGUACGCUGAACCAAUUUCCGGACACGCUCCUUGGCGAUCCGCACCGGCGGAUCCGAUACUUCGAUCCGCUACGCAACGAGUACUUCUUCGACCGGAAUCGGCCCUCCUUCGACGCGAUACUUUAUUAUUACCAGAGCGGUGGCAGGCUCCGUCGCCCGGUCAACGUUCCUCUCGAUGUCUUCUCCGAGGAGAUCAAGUUCUACGAGCUGGGCGAGCUGGCCACCAACAAGUUCAGGGAGGACGAAGGGUUCAUCAAGGAGGAGGAGAAGCCGCUGCCGUCGCACGAGAUGCAAAGGAAGGUCUGGCUGCUGUUCGAGUACCCGGAGAGCUCGCAGGGCGCCCGGGUGGUCGCCAUAAUAUCCGUGAUCGUGAUCCUCCUGUCGAUCGUGAUAUUCUGCCUGGAGACCCUGCCGGAGUUCAAACACUACAAGGUCUUCAACACGACGACGAACGGCACGUUGAUCGAGGAGGACGAAGUGCCGGACAUUACGGACCCGUUCUUCCUAAUAGAGACUAUUUGUAUCAUCUGGUUCACGUUCGAGUUAUCGGUGCGCUUCCUCGCCUGUCCAAAUAAACUGAACUUCUUCCGUGACGUAAUGAACUUCAUCGACAUCAUCGCGAUCAUUCCUUACUUCAUCACGCUCGCCACCGUGGUGGCCGAGGAGGAGGACACGAUUGAUCUACCAAAGGCGCCGGUAAGCCCGCAGGACAAGAGCACGAACCAGGCGAUGUCCCUGGCGAUACUCAGGGUCAUCAGGCUCGUCAGGGUGUUCCGGAUAUUCAAGCUGUCCAGGCACAGUAAAGGCCUCCAGAUCCUCGGCCGUACGCUCAAGGCCUCCAUGAGGGAGCUCGGCUUGCUCAUCUUUUUCCUUUUCAUCGGUGUGGUGCUAUUCUCAUCGGCGGUAUACUUCGCGGAGGCCGGCUCCGAGAAUUCGUUCUUCAAGUCCAUUCCGGCCGCGUUCUGGUGGGCCGUUGUCACGAUGACGACCGUGGGCUAUGGUGACAUGACGCCCGUGGGAGUCUGGGGGAAGAUCGUGGGCUCUUUGUGCGCGAUCGCUGGUGUGCUGACGAUCGCCCUGCCUGUCCCUGUCAUCGUCUCCAACUUCAACUACUUCUAUCAUCGUGAGACUGACCAGGAAGAAAUGCAGUCGCAGAACUUCAAUCACGUGACCAGCUGCCCGUAUCUCCCUGGUCAACACUUGAAGAAGAGCUCGAUGUCGGAAUCGUCGUCGGAGAUAAUGGAGCUGGAAGAGGGCAUACUGCUCACUCAUCCUGAGAUUACGAAGAAGCCCAACUGCAACCCUCGCCAUAAUAACAAUAUUAAUCCAGCCUGUAUGAGCAUCGAGACUGACGUCUGACUACUAGUGAAGGAGACGGUGGCAACGUGGUGGUCAAUGCUGGAACAGUUGUCGAAGAACAGCUACAGCCCCCUACGGUGCCUGACGUAGGCCUCCUUCACACGUCGUCGUAGUCGCGCUAGCUGCGAGCGCUAGCGACAGCGCGUGUACGCAUGCGCACUUGCUGUUGGAUCAUACGCGGCUGCGCAUGCGCACUCGCGCGCCAACCCGCCGUCUGUCCAUAGUCUGUCAAUACGAGGGGUGCUUCCAAUCCAUUACUACGUGUCAACGAGACAAGAAAGGACGAGAGAAUAAAAGAGUAACGGAGAAAUUCAACGACCAAGAAUCGGCUGACUAAUAGGUGCCACAUAAUUUCUUCCAUCGGCGCGACGCGAGAACGGAAUAGCCGUCGGCGGAAGAGAGUUCGAGAGCGAGCGAAAAAGUGAAUGAAAAGGGGGGGGAUAAACGAACGGGAGAAGAUAGAGGAAAAGGCGGAGAAACGUUGAGAACGACUUUCGAGAUAAAAAGAGUCCGACAUAAGGGCGAAAAAGGGCGGUGAACGAGGAAAGAGGUGGCAACAUUUUCGACGGAAGAAGCAUCGUCGAAAACGAGACAGCCGCUUCGGAGGUGUUACGGUACACGCGCACCCCACGUAGGGACCUACGUGCUAAUAAGGGGAUGGAGCAGGAUAUUUCAGUCGCGCGUCCACUCCCCACACCACCGA